UGUCAAUUACCAUGGACUAUUAUACCACUCCUCUAGUUCUCUUGCUUGCCUGGACUUUGUUCCAAGGCUUUAAUUUGUUAGUAGCAUUAACAAGAAAUAGAAGCAGAAAGUUUCCUCCAGGACCCUUUCCAUUACCCAUAAUCGGAAAUCUUCACCUACUAGGCAAUCAACCCCAUAGAUCCCUUGCCAAACUCGCUGAUUUUCAUGGUCCAAUUAUGCAUCUGAAGUUGGGCCAAAUAACAACUGUGGUGAUUUCUUCUUCAAACAUGGCUAAACAAGUGCUCCAAAAGCAAGACUUAGCCUUCUCUAGCAGAUCAAUUCCUGAUACGGUCCAAAUGGACAACUUUCACAUGUUCUCCGUUUCUUGGCUUCCCGCUUCCCAACCUCAAUGGAGAAAUCUCAGAAAAAUAAUGAAUUCACACAUCUUCUCCGUUAACAAGCUUGAUUCUAGCCAAGACCUUAGGUACAAGAAGAUGGAAGAACUUGUUGUUUACUGUGAAAGGAGUAGCCAAAUGGGGGAGGCGGUAGAUAUUGGUGGUGCAAUUUUUAGGACCAUGUUGAAUUUACUUUCCAACACUCUAUUCUCAAAGGACUUGGCAGAUCCGUAUGAAAAUUCGGGUAAAGAAUUUAAGGAUCUGGUGGAGGGACUAAUGAUAGACAUGGGUAAACCAAACUGGGUGGAUUACUUUCCAGUGCUAAAAUUAGUAGAUCCACAAGGACUAAGGCGAUAUAAUUCUCACUUCGGUAAGCUACUCAAGUUUUUUAAUGGAUUGAUAAAUGAGAGGAUGGAGCUAAGGAAGUUGAAUGGACAAAAGAGUAGUGAUGUUUUAGAUACCUUACUCACAGCCACUGAAGAUAAUCACCAAGAUAUUGAUCGCAAGCAUAUAGCUACAAUACUUUUGGACUUAUUUAAUGCCGGAACUGAUACAAGUUCGAACGUAGUGGAAUGGGCUAUGACUGAGCUUCUUAGAUCUCCAGAGAUUAUGAAGAAAGUCCAAGCCGAGUUGGUACAAGUCCUCGGAGAAGGUAACCCGAUGGAGGAAGCUGACAUUGCCCGACUCCCUUACUUGCAGUGCAUUAUUAAAGAAAGUUACAGGAUGCACCCUCCAGCUCCUCUUUUGGUUCCUCGAAAAGUUGACGAAGAUGUUGAGGUGUGUGGCUACACUGUCCCUAAAGGUUCAAAAGUGUUGAUUAAUGUGUGGGCAAUUGGCCGGGACUCGACUCUAUGGGAAGACCCUUUGGUGUUUAAUCCUGAUAGAUUUAAGGAUUCAAAAUUGGAUGUGCGAGGUCAAGAUUUUGAGUUAAUUCCAUUUGGUGCUGGUCGAAGAAUUUGUCCUGGUCUGCCAUUGGCAAUAAGGAUGAUCCCAAUAAUGCUUGGCACACUGUUAAAUACAUUUAAUUGGAAAAUUGAAGGUGACAUUGCACCAAAAGACUUGGACAUGCAGGAGAAAUUUGGCCUCACCUUGGCCAAAUCUCGUCCUCUCCGAGCUGUCCCCCUUCCCCUUUAAAAUCCAAAAUUAGUUGGAUUCCUAUCAAAGGCAAUGGACUAUGAACAUUGUAACUAAUAUUUCAAGUCCAAAAAAUGAAAAAAUAAAUAAUAAUUUAAUAUAAGUGCAAAUUUAUGUAAUUUUGUAUUGAAAAAUAUUAAAGUUUCGUCAGUAAAUGCAAGGGAAUUUGAAGACUUUAA